GUUUGGACAUUGUGAGAGGCAGCCUUUUCAGAGUUUUCAAACCGCAACGCUAUGAAUGCACCUCACCAAAGUAAGCGCACUCGGCGGCUGCCCUUUCUCAAUGCUUCUCAGGAUUGCAUUGGUCACAUCGCUGGAAUAUCCAAAUGGCAAAUGUUGAGAAGUAAUUGCCACUAGAAGAAGACUUCUAUUGUUACUGUGGUACUCCUGAAAGUCUUCUGGGGCUGACAGAUGCCACUCCAGAAGGUUAAUAAGAUGAAGGCAGCUCUCCCAGCUGGACCAUAAGAGGGAUUAUGUCUGAGCAGUAGAUAAACGGCUUAUUCCAGAAACAGACACUGCUUUUUUGUUGUUGUUUAAACUUCGUCACUCUUCUCUGAAUUCUCACUCCAGUCCGACUUUUGUUCUCUUUGGGCAAGAGGUGGCGUGAGCUUGGGGUUUACUCAACUUCUGGAUUCCCCGUCGGUGGUCACUUAUCGAAUGAGAGGACAUUCCAAACACUUCAGUUUUAGGACAGCUGGAAUUGUGUGUGGUUUUGCGUCCUUAAAAGCAACCCACUUAUUAGGCCAAAUCAGCAUAACCAUCCUUGAAAAUUGUGAAUGGUUAAAAAAAGCAGCAUGCAUAUGAAAACUGGAUUCAUAUUUCUUGUAAUUUGCCUUGCGCUCCAAGUCCAAGGAAGCACAGAAACUCCAAAUAAAAUUAAUCGCGAUGAAGCCAAACUUCUUGCAGAUACUUCCGGGUCUGAUAAGUCAGAAAGAACUACAAAGAGGUCUAGAGUAUCAACUAUCCGCAGGAUAUUUGAUAUGGCCAAACAUCGAACAAAAAGGUCUUCUUUCUUCCCAACUGGAGUGAAGGUUUGCCCUCAAGAGUCAGUGAAGCAGAUUUUAGCAAGCCAUCAAGCUUAUUAUCGGCUAAGAGUUUGCCAAGAAGCUGUAUGGGAAGCUUUCCGGAUUUUUCUGGAUCGGAUUCCAGAUGCAACGGAAUAUCAGAAUUGGGUCACAGCUUGUCAGCGGGAAACAUUCUGCAUAUUCGAUAUUGGGAAAAAUUUCAGUAAUUCUCAAGAGCAUCUGGAGAUAAUUCAGCGGCGAGUAAAACAUAGGACCUUCCAGGAUAGAAAAGAGGAAAUUUCUACAGAGAAAAUAAAAAAACCCGAGGAACCCCCUUCUCUUGCUACAGCUCCUACCGGCACCUUGGUGAAUGAGAUUGUCAAUGACACGAAGGUUCCUAUGAAGGAGAUAAAGCCAGAGGUUCCUAACAUAGUCUCUGAACAUCCUGUUGAACAGAUGGUGGAAUUCAGCGUCACCCUCACCAACCAGGAAUACACCCCAGAACUGAGUGACCCUACAACCCCCCAGUACCAGAAACUAGCUGCAAAAUUCCAGCUUCAGAUGCAAAAAAUAUUUGAGAAACUUGCAGGAUUCAAAGAGAUUCGUGUCUUGGGAUUUAGACAGAAGAAAGAAAAGGAUGGGACAAGCAGCACCAUUGCACGAUAUGUUGUCAACUUUGAAAGAGAUGAAAGUGAAGUGAAAGGCCUACCGGAUGAGAUCUCUACUAUUGGGUCCAACAAAGUUGAAAAUGAAAAGGCUCCUCUUGGUGCAGAGGGGGAGAUACCGGCAGUCAAACCAAGCGUAGCAGACCUUCAGCAGAUGGUUGCCAUGGCCCUACAAGAAGAUAAAUCAUUAUCCAUGGAUCUUGGAACACUUCAGUUUACCGAUGCCGAGGUUAGGCCAUCUAGUGACGCAGACAACGCGCUCAUUGAUGCUGCAGCUGGACCUGGAUUGGAAGUUAGUGAUCAGAAGAGUGAAGAUGAGCGGAUGCAAGACCAGAUCUCUAUCAUUGACUCACAGAUCAUCCCUGGGGAAGAUGUAAAGAUUGCAGGCCAGCCAGAAUCUUCAGGUGAUGACCUGUUACCCGCACUGAGUACGCUGCCCUACUUCAUUGGUUCCCCAGGUCUUCCCUCUGUUUCUGAAGAAGAUGUUUUCGGCCCAACAGAACCAAUCAUUUUGGUGCCAGCAGUCACUACAAGCGAACCCUCAGCUGUCAUUGACCUGUCUUUGGAAGCAACGGAUUCUGCAUGGGUAGCACCAACCGACAGCGGAUUCGAAAUGGGCAUUGCCACUGAACUGGGUGCAAUUGACCUACUGAGCCCAGCAACAUUGGAGGAGGAAGGGAGUGGUUACUUUGCCCUGCCAGAAACCCCAGAUGUGACCCCAGCUCCUCCACUGAAAUAUGUGACUACAAGCGCCAUGACAACAGCAGCCAAAGGCAAAGAGUUAGUGGUGUUCUUCAGCCUAAGAGUCACCAACAUGCACUUCUCUGAUGACCUCUUCAACCGGAGCUCUGCAGAAUACAAAUCACUUGAACAGCAGUUCAUGCAGCUGUUGCUUCCUUACCUACAGUCCAACCUUACAGGAUUUAAACAACUGGAAAUAUUAAGUUUCCGCAAUGGAAGCGUAAUUGUCAACAGUAAAAUGAAGUUUGCCAAGUCAGUGCCGUACAACAUCACGGAGGCUGUCCAUUGUGUGUUGGAGGACUUUUGCGAUGCAGCAGCUCAGCGUCUUAACCUCGAAAUCGACAGCUAUUCGCUCGACAUUGAGCCAGCGGAUCAAGCAGACCCUUGCAAGUUCAUGGCAUGUGAUGAAUUUUCACGGUGUGUAAAGAACGACUGGACUAAAGAGGCAGAUUGUCUUUGCAAACCUGGUUAUGUACGAAAAGAUGGACUGCCAUGCCAGAGCCUGUGCGAGAUUGAGCCACAGCUGUGUGUUAAUGGUGACAAAUGUGAAUUGGUUCCAGGUAGAGGGGCGGUCUGUAGAUGCCCAGUACAUAGAAACAGAGAGCGUUGUUCAAAAUACACUCCAGCGCCUAUCCGAUCCAACAUCUCCAAAGCUGUGAUGCUAGGCUUAUUGUGCCUUAUUUUUCUGUUCAUCACGUUAAUAAUUAAGUUGCGAAGGAAAUGCAAAUGCAAGACUAAUGUGGCAGGCCCUCCUCUCAGCCCAUACAGUCCAGAGAAUGCUGUAAGAAUUAAUCCCGCUUUUGAUCACGAUGAACCCAUCAGUAGUUUUUGCCGUGGGCCAUGUAGCGUAAGUGCUUGCAGCAAUUCUUCAGAGAGCAGUGAUCAAGGGACAUUACAAAAUAAUGAACACACAACAGAGAACGGAGGCCACCAGACGCAGAGCAAAGACUGACAAGUUAGUGUAUGAAGCCUCAAAUUCCAGCCACAACCAGAGGAUCUAAAGCAAGAGGACCUCUUGUGAUAUUCACUCACCAAAGAAGUCUUUGAGAAGAACAGCAUCAAAGACUUCAGAAGGCUACCAAUCUAUCCCCCGCCCCCAAUAAAGGCAAAGAACACUUUAACUGAAGUUUAUUUUUGCUAAAAAAAAAAAAGUGGCUGCACCUACUGUCCUCAGAACUGCUGAAUUUCAUUAUCUGUAAUACAAACUAUCAAAAAUACAGUGCUAAAUGUAUUUAAUAACUGUACAGUGUUUAUAUAAUAAAUAUUUUUGGUUAUUUUUAAGCUUAGAUGCAGAUGCAUAAGUCUGUGCUGGAAAUGUUAAAACGUAUGGUAUUUUAUCCCAAAUUCUGAAAAGGGCAGCAAAGUGGCUGAUAUGUAUACUAAAUAAUGGGGAAAGAAAUGUGUUAGUAAAUAUUUUAUGUGUAAUGACAGGAGGUGCAUAAUGCAGAGAUUGAAAGCUUAUUCAAGGUGUGCAACAUGAUUUUUGAUAAUGCUUAGUUUCUCAGCCAGUUAUUAGGCUUUAGUCUUAGUACUCAAUGAUACUCAAUAAAAUAAAACAGAUAUUACAAUAACUAUUCUUCUUUAACUGAAAAGAAUGAAUGUAGGUCUCCGUAAAAUAUCAUUUUAAGAAUUAGCCUGUAUAUUUUGCAUUGUGUAUAAGAGGAUAUGCACUUGCUAUUACCCAGACUUUGGAGAUAACAGUGUACCCUCACUUAUCGCGGGUGUUUCAUUCCAGGACCACCAGCGAAAAGUGAAAAUCCAUGAAGUAGGGACAUUAUAUAUGUAUAUCGCAUUCAAGAGUGAGGCAGAAGCGAGGAGACAUUUAAAAGCACCACACACUUUUUUUUUGCUAGCUUACUCUGCUUUGCUUUGCAAUUGCUCUUGACUGGCUGCCUCUCUCCUGAGGGGAAGGAUGAAUCCCCCUUCCACACUCCAUUGUUGCCAGGAAGUGGGAUUAGAACGCCGCUCUGGGCAAUGGCAACCAUUCAUAAACUGGGAGGCAAAAAACCCACAAAACAGUGAGUCUGCGAAAAGUGAACCGCAAAGUAGCGAGGGAACACUGUAUUGGGUUGGGGAAAACUGCAACAGACCAUGUACAAUACAGGCUUCACAAUAUACCAGAACCAAAACACAUAAUGUACAAGACUUCUUACCAAGCAGCAUUCAGGCACAUCUAGUAUGUUGUUGUGCUUUAAACUAUAGUACUAUACAGUAAACACUACACAAAAGGAACAAUCUAUUCUGCUUUUAAAGAUUAAGUGCUUGGGGUGCUUGAAACGAAGUGGGUAGAACCAGGAAGAGAGAUACAUGUUAGAGGUGCUGAAGUGUAUCUGUAUUUUACCAACUCACUUCAGAUGUUCUAAGGAAGCAAAGAAAGAGGAGGCACAGCUCAUACUACACUUCCUCUCCGUCUCUGUUUGUACAGAAUGUCCAAAGCCACAAUACCUUUCAAGUAGAUGUGCUUAGGAACAGAGCUCUAAGUGGCAGUAUUUUACUGGGGUUUAACAUUGCUUACUUCCUUACUGAAAAGCAGGUGUUUUACUUCCAUUAUCAAGUGCAUUUCUGCUCUGGGUAUAAUCCAUGGUACCCCGAACCAUCUCCUUCAUGUGUGCUUUUAGGUAUUACAGCUUAUCCAAGCAAUAAAAUGGUUAAUUGCUUCUAAGAUAUGUUUACUAUUCAGAGCCAUUACUCGUAAAAGCUGAGCUAAUCUUUAUCUAUUUAUUUUUCCGUGAUGUUAAGAAAAUUGCCUACCAAGUUACAUUCCCAUGUGGCUCAUAGAUGUUGCAUUUGAAGUAGUUGUCCCAGACGCUGGUGGACAUUUUUUUAUUUUUGAGUUGAGUUUACAGUGCUUAGUGGUAUAAUAUUUCUUAUGUAUAAAUGAAGAAUCUUGAAAUCACUGGGGAGCCUACAUGGAAGCCAAGGUACUGUUUCACAGCUUAGAUGACAUUUCUAGGAAAUACCUGCAGAGACGUCCCAUCUCAGACACACCAGCCAUUCCUGGUGGCUGUAGAAGUUAGACUUCUCAAUGUAGUCACUAUAUUUUCACUUCAAAACUGUUUUUUUGUAUGUGUUUAUUCAUACCAAUUUCUACUACCCAAGCAAUAGUAGUCAUUUUUACACUUUAGUUUGAAUAAUGAAACAAUUGUUCUUGACUAUAAUUUACCAAUAUCCAAUAUAAAUUACCAAAUAUCUUUGCUGGACAAGAAUGUUUUCUAUUUCAAUAAAACAAUAAAAUUAUUUAACUGGA